AUGAGCACAAAUACCCUUGUUGACAGACCUUCACAGAGACCAGAUGUCAUUGAUGAGAUCUUAACUUCAUUGAAAAGAUAUGACGUUUCAGUUAUCAAAGAUUUGGAAGAUUAUCUAUUUGACCAAUACGAAAAUGAUUACAGUGAUUUGAACUCAAACUUGGCUUUAUUAAAGUUAUAUGAAUUAAGCGAUGAAACUUCAGUUGAGAGACAAGAUUCCACUUUGAAGAUAUUGAUAAAAGGCUUAAUUCAAUUCACCAACUCUGACUUUACCUUAUAUUUACACUUACUACCACCAUACAUUUUCACCACAACCAAUGAAUACACUACCAAAAUCCAAGGAUUAGUUUCAUUAUACGAAUUAUUAAUUUCCAACAAGUUUGAUCAAUUUUUGGCCAAAAACAAAGAAUUAUCAUUAGUGGAUGAUCACAGUGUGAAGUUAAUUGAACAAACAUUCUUGAGUAAUAAGAACUCCAAAUUCAUUAUGAGUGAGGCUGUUAGUGAAGAAGUUUCAGUUACAAGAUUGUCCAAAGUUGUUGGUCAACUUUUACAAAACUAG